AUGGUCGCUAUCACUGCAUCGAAACACCAUCUGGCCAUCGCAGAGAUAGUCCUCUUUUGCCUCGUCCAACUCAUCCAGUUCAUUACCCGGUACUCCCAGGAAUGGCGGUACUGGCACCACACCAAGCGCAAGUCACAUCCGCGGUGCAUCUUCUACGCCUGGUUCGGAAUGAUCGGGCUGCUCGCGCAAGUACGCAUUGCCAGUGCAGCGAUCGUGCUUUCCGAUCCUCACCCGAACAAGACCAAACUCAUAGCCGAGCAGUCUCUCCAACACAUCGGAUUAUCCCCCCUGCUCUUUGAAAUGAGCCUCGUCCUCUUGCGCAGCGGCCAAACGGGUCGAUCAGGCCCCGUAAACUCGCGAUACCCCAGAUUCACCCGCUUUGCCCUGCACUUCUUCCACUUCCCCGUGUUCUUCGGCAUCGUGCUCCUCAUUGUCGCAGCCUGCACGGGUAUCCGCGCCUGCGCCCUCGCCGGGGCUAUUGUACUGGUCCUUGCCUUCGCGGUCGGGGUCUUUCUCACCGCGUGGCUGGCCAUCGGCUAUCGCACGGUACUGCCGGCCGCAGGCCGGCACUGUGUUCUGCUGGUCCUAUGCGCUGUUCCCAUGUAUACCGUUCUCAUUGCGUACGCGCUUUUGACCGAGUUUGGCCCGGCAACAUUCAAAUCAGGCCACGAGCAGGUCGGGGUCACGGUUGGUAUGGGACUCUUGAUGGAGCUUGCGAUCAUCACGUUGUUGUUCGCAGCGCGUACUGUGGCGGAGCCGUUUUGGGCGACGGACUGUGUUGAGGGUGUACAGGCUUGACUGAAUAAUGGGCUCGGAUAUAGGCGGGUAGCUGUCAGACAGAUAAGAUUGCUUAGAUUGGCAAGUCAAUAGAUUACUGUUUGAAGGUUCGCAGACUCAAAGCACCAUAGUGCUGCGACAACCGCUGUAGCCACCCUUCAAUCCAUGCCUUCGUUGGAGAAUCACCCACUUCAUAGGCCACGCGCAGGGGGAACGCCAUCCGUAAUGGUCCCAACAGCCCGCACGCGGUAUACUCGACGGAUUUACAGAUCUGGUCGCGGUAGAAUACCAUAUACAUCGCCUGGGUGCUGGGAAUUCCGAAGCUUGUGGUUCGCAGCACCUGGUGCACAAUAGUCAUGUAGGCAUAGUAGGCGCAGAAUAUCGGCGCGGUGUCAGCACUGGCAUAGUAGAAC